UGUAUACCUUCCACUUGAAACUAUAUCUAACCUAAGCCAGUGACAAUUUCCCUCAACCACAUUCAGUCGCGACAUAACCAAAUUUUCUCUGACCUAAUAGCACCGAACUCAUGGUAGAUGCCGCAGCUGACGAGCCCUGCCAUCGGGUAGCUACCGUGGUUCGCUCAGAUAAUGAUUUUCAGUUCAAGAUCAACUCUCUUCCCAUCCCCAAGCUUCAGCCUUGGGAAGUGCUCGUCAAACUAUCUGCAACUGGUGUCUGCGGCACUGAUAUGGCCCUUGCAGGUGGCUACCUCGGUCCAUGCCGUGAGGUUCUUGGCCAUGAGGGCGUGGGACGCGUGGUUCAAGUUGGCUCUGGUGUAGAUCCCGGUUCUGUCAAGAUUGGGGAUAGAGUUGGCAUCGCUUGGGUCAGAGACGUCUGCGGUCGAUGCAAUUGUUGUCGUGAGCCUGGCGGCGAAGUCCGUUGUCUAGAGCAGCAGAAUUCUGGACGAAAAUGGGAUGGAACAUUCGCCGAACACUGCAUUGUACCAAGUCGUUAUGUGCUCACAAUUCCGGAGUCGGAUGAGCUCCCAGAUGAACUGGUUGCACCGACAUUGUGUGGCGGCGUUACUGCAUAUAAAGCCCUCAAGGCUUGUGGAGCGACACCGGGAGAAUGGGUUGCUAUAGUCGGAGCUGGCGGUGGUGUUGGGGGUUUGGGGAUUCAGUAUGCGAAGGCCAUGGGAUUCCGUGUUGCUGCUGUUGAUAUCGGGCCCGCAAAAGAUUCCUGUAUCAAGAUGGGAGCUGAUGCAUACUUUGACGGAGCAUCGCCUGCUACACCAGCGGGAUUGAGGAAGCUUACUCCCAACGAAGCUGGAGCCAAGGCCGUUAUUGUUACCGCAGGAUCUGGUCGAGCUUAUCAAAACGCUCUUGAUCUAGUUGCAGUGUUUGGUACUCUGGUCUGCGUUGGUAUUCCUCCACCAGAUCAAGCGAUGAGUCUGCAUCCUCUGACUCUCAUUGACCGUGGCAUUAACCUUUUGGGAACGUUGGUGGGAACACGGACUGAAACACUGGAAGCUCUCGAGUUCGUAAGGAGAGGCGUGGUGAAGCCCAUUGUGGAGUCAUUGAACUUCGAUGAACUGGACAAUCUGGUUAAUCGGUUCUCCAAGACAUCGGGAAAACUGGUCAUUCAAUUCAAAUCAUAGUGCUCUAUCUUGGUUCUUUUGC